UUCAACCUUCUCACACUCCAUUCUAUAUAACAAGCCCUGGAGUGGUUAAUCUUGAAGAAGAUAUCCUCCUCUCCCUCCUCAUGGCUUCUGCUAUCAUCUUCCUUCUCCUCUUGGCCGCGGCGGCGAUCGCCUCAGCUGUCCCCGACUUGUACAUGGUGACCAGCGGGGAGGGCCACAGCGAGCAGGUGUCCGGGCGGAGCGAGGAAGAGGUGCGUCUGCUCUACCUGGAGUGGGUGGCCAAGCACCGGCCGUCCCGCAACGCGCUCGCGGAAGAGGCGAGCAGGUUCGAGGUGUUCAAGGACAACCUCCGCUACAUCGACGCCCAUAACGCGGCGGCCGACCGCGGGGAGCACGCCUUCCGCCUUGGCCUCAACCGGUUCGCCGCCCUGACCAACGAGGAGUACCGGGCCAAGUAUCUAGGCGUCCGGGCCGCCACGUCCCGCCGGAGGAGGGCCUCAUCGGAGGGCAGCAACCGGUACCGGCUGAGGGACGGCGAUUAUUUGCCUGAUUCCAUCGAUUGGAGGGAGAAGGGCGCUGUUGUCGGCGUUAAAGAUCAAGGCAGCUGCGGGAGCUGCUGGGCAUUUUCGACGAUUGCUGCUGUGGAAGGUAUCAACCAGAUCGUGACUGGCGACCUGAUCUCUCUGUCCGAGCAGGAAUUGGUGGACUGUGACACCUACUACAACCAGGGCUGCAACGGGGGGCUCAUGGAUUAUGCCUUUGAGUUCAUCAUCAACAAUGGUGGUAUCGACACCGAUGAGGACUACCCAUACAAAGCCCGAGAUGGAACUUGCGAUACUUACAGGAAAAAUGCACAUGUUGUGGCAAUUGACUCAUAUGAGGAUGUUCCGGUUAACGAUGAGCAGUCACUGCAAAAAGCAGUUGCUAACCAACCGGUUAGUGUUGCUAUUGAAGCUGGUGGCAGGACAUUCCAGCUUUAUGACUCGGGAAUAUUCACCGGAUCUUGUGGGACUGCACUAGAUCAUGGUGUGACUGCAGUAGGCUAUGGCUCCAAGAAUGGCCAGGACUACUGGCUUGUGAAGAACUCAUGGGGUGAAGACUGGGGCGAGGCUGGAUACAUACGAAUGGAACGUAAUAUUGCAUCUGCCACUGGCAAGUGUGGUAUUGCAAUGGAGGCCUCAUACCCCAUUAAGAAGGGCCAGAACCCACCAAACCCUGGUCCAUCUCCACCUUCCCCCGUUAAGCCACCCACCGUCUGUGAUAACUACUACACCUGCCCAGAGAGUACCACAUGCUGCUGCGUCUAUGAGUACGGGAGCUACUGCUUUGCAUGGGGAUGCUGUCCUCUUGAGGCUGCAACCUGCUGUGAAGAUCAUUACAGCUGCUGUCCUCAUGACUACCCCAUCUGCAAUGUUCAGGAAGGAACCUGCCUAAUGAGCAAGAACAGUCCACUUAGAGUGAAGGCUUCCAAACGCACUCCAGCAAUUCCCUACUGGGCUCACUCUAUCUCGGAGGGCAAGAGGAGCAGCGCAUAAGCCACAUUGAGCAGGUGAGGAGCGAGAAGCACAAGAUGAUUAUCAAUUAUGGAUGUCCUUGCCUUCAAUGUGGACUUGAGAUGCAGCAAUUUGCUGCAAUGCUUAUUGAAGAAGACUAGAAGCUCUUGUACAUGUCUAUAAGUCCAGGUGUUGGACAACUGAAAUGAUGAUUUUACAUUACUUCACUUCCAUUAUCAUGUAAAUUAACUGAAAUUGGAUUUCCAGUAAUUUGCCUAUAAACUCUCUCCAUGGAUUUUA